AUGGACUUCUCCACUGGCGGAAUUCUCGACCAAAAAGACCCAAAGGAGCAUGAAGUUCCAGCGCCAACCGAGCAAGAUGAGAUGCUUCGAGAUGGGUCUUCGAAUGACGAGAAAGCGGAGGGACCAUGGCGUGGAGUCAUGACUGGGCACUAUGUCGAAGUUUUCCUCGCCGCUGCAAUAGUCAUUAUCCCUAUGCUGGUGCUCAGCAUUAUCCUCAUAAGCCUCGUUUACACACACCUAAUGCCUGAUCAAUCGUCCACUUACUCCAUGGGCAACGCCACGGAAAUCCCACUAGGGGCGGCCUACUAUGUCAAUUACUCAGCGACCAGACUAGUAUUCGUUUCUUCGGUAUCUUCCACGCUUGCCACAGUGCUUAUUAGUGCAGCUAUGUUAUUGUUUUCGUAUCCUUUAGCAUACUAUUUAGCAAGAAGAUCAGACGCAGAUGACUCGGCGAACCUACCAUCGCCGUACCAGUUGGCACUAUUGAUCAAAAGUCUGGAUGCGAAAUGGACGGGAUUGUGGUCUACAGCACUGUAUAUUUUUGACAAGAAGGGAAAGAAGGUCCCACUGGUGCCAGACUUACGGAAGGCUAUCGCAAUGAUGGGAGGUCUAUUUAUCUUAGCCAUUUUGAUUAUUCUUGCAGAUGUCUGGCUUCAUGUGUCCACGAACUCAGUAGAAUACGUUCGAGAGAUGCCCGAUUACGUUGAUCCAUCAUUUGCGCCAGGACGAGGACUGCCAGAUCAGUGCCUCGAUAUGGAUGGCGCUCCAGACGAUGGAAUUGACUGCACUUCAAAUAUUCCAGGGGGACUCAAGAAUCAAUCAGAAUAUAUCAGGACUGCUGGCAAUCUCUCUAGCUCAAAUAGACUUUACGUGAGUGAGGGUCAGACAAUCCUUGGUCCUGCAAAUGCUCCAGUCGGCUUUGAUUUCGAGGCUACCAGCUUCGCGUCCCGGACAGUUUGUAGGAUGGUGACUUCGCUGUGCGGAGCUGGGCACAUGGACACAACCGACGACGGAAAUGAUGCGAAUUUGCCGUACAAUUGCAGUGCCACCGUUGCAGGACUGAACAUGAUCGGCAACAUGAGCGACGUUUCAGAUACUGAGUCAAAUGAUAACACAACCGACUGGGUAUAUCCACCCGACUUUUCAAAUUUGGCUUCCUCAACAAGGCUUCUGGGCUUUCAAUAUUUCAACGAUGCCGCCAAAACUCAGCAGACUGGUGACGAGCUGCAUCUCAAUCAGUAUACGCCCCAUCUGUAUUUCGGUCUUCUUUUUCAACUUGAGGCAAGUUGGGCGGCAGAGGGCCAGAUCCGAUCCACCACAGACCCCGAAUAUAAUUCGCAAUACGAGAAACAACCUGAAAGCGCUCCUUGGUUCGCUAAAUUUGCCGCGAUGGACCUGAGAGCCAGCGAGGCUGGAGGCCCAAAUGGACUCAUGUCCUGCGAGACCGAGCUCUCAGACUUGAAUAAUACAGUCCAAAUUCUCCAUUCUUCCCUCAUGAACUCUUCGGCUCCUCAGGCAUUUAUCACAGCUAUGACCUCGUCUCAACUGCACGGGUUUGAGAAUCUACACCACUCUAUCGAACAAAUCGUCGCCAACAUCAACACCACCGAGCUCUUCCCUCAGCCUAAUGUCAUAAUGGGUGCUUCCCUGAGAAACCACAGCCUUGGAGUCCAGCUUGCCAGUGGCUUUGCAGCCGCUUACGAUCGCACACUGCUCUCGCUCCCUACGGGGUUAUUACUGCAGCGUCCAGCGCUCAGUGUCACGAGGCGCGAGGUCACCCUUGUGACGAGGGUGCCCAAGGCGCCGUUCUUUGCGGUCGUACUUCUAGACCUCUUAUAUGCCAUUUUGGGGAUUGCGCUCACAGUGAUGGCAUUGUUAGUGCUCGGACUUGGGCAAUUCAAGCAGAUGGGAGUCAGGGAUGUGCAGGCGAGACUGACUUUGGAGGGGGUUCUUGCGGAAGGAUUCGAGAGCUCAAAAGGAGGUGAGAGUGCAAAAGAUGUGGAGGGGCUAUUUGCAGAACGAAGGGGAGAGAGUGUCGGGAUAAGAAGAAUAGGGUUGGGGAAAAGGGAGGCGAAUACGGUCAGACCUCAGAACUUCGUUGCGUCCAUCGUCAAGCUCCAAUGCAGUGAAAGUCGCGGUCGGCGUGAUGUAAAGAGAGAGGACUCACGAUCCAACUUUGAUAAGUCUCGUCAAUCAAAUUUGAUUGACUGGACGCUAGUCAAUGCUUUAGCCGCGUUGGGAAUAGCGCACAGUACAAGACCUGCGUCAUUUCAAUCUUUUCCACCUGGUGACCGUGACUUACUCUCCAAAUAUCGAUGGCCGUGCAAGACUCUGGAGACAGGAUUAGUUGUUCUAGGCGGAGGAAGAAUGCCCAAGCGAGGCGGCCGCGGAGGCAAAAGUGCACCCACCCAGGAUGAGGACUCCAGCUAUGUAGUGUUCGGAGAUGCCAAAAGCGCAAAGAAGAAAGAGAGGCAAGAUAACGAUGCAAAGGACGCAUCAAGGGAAGGGCAAAACAAUGCUGCGGCGCCACCUAAGUCCGAUACCCGGGCUUUGAUAGGGGAGCGUCAUGGACGGGCAAACUACCCGUGA